GGCGAAGUUGCCCAACCCGGAAAAACAAACUGUCUUCAACACACCAGGGGGAGAACGGUAGACUUUUACGCUCCACCGAAAAGAAAUGGCAGGUGCGAACAGUAACCGCAACCGAGGGCCGGCUGGAAGUCAGGGUUCGGGUUCUGCCGUCGACCCAGGGACGCCGGUUUUGCGCAUCAGCCAGCUGGACGCCCUCGAGCUGGACUCUGCCCUCGAGCAGCUGAUGUGGACCCAGUUCACUCAGUGCUUCCAGAACUGCCGCCCAGGGCUGCUCACCCCCGUGGAGCCUGAACUGAAGGCUCUGCUGUACCUGCUGCUGUGGAGAUUCACCCUUUAUUCUAGCAGUGCCACAGUAGGCCAAACCUUACUGAGCCUGCGCUAUCACAGCACCUCUUCGUCGUCUGCCCACUACAAGCCGCUGUCCCCUCGUCAGAAGCUGGGCCUUGCCGUAUUUACCGCGGCCCCCCGUUGGCUGCAGGAGCGUUCCUACCGGCUCCUGCCAUGUCUGGGUUUGGCCCCGAGAGGGGCCGCGUCAGAAAUGGACGGCGGUUUGCUCCAACGAGGUCUCCGGAAAGCCCUGGCCCUCGUGUCCGGUCUGGCGAAGUUCGCCACCCUCGUCAACUUCCUUGUUUUCCUGAGGAACGGCCGUCACCCCGUCCUGGCUGAAAGGAUUGCAGGAGCUCAGGCUGUUUUCAGCAAACCCAACGUGGUCCGAGACGUAACUUACCAGUACAUGAACCGGGAACUGCUGUGGCACGGCUUCGCCGAGUUCCUCAUCUUCCUGUUGCCGCUGGUCAAUUUAAGGAAGCUGAAAACGGCUGUGUUGCUACGCGUGCUUGGAGGAAAAAGUUCUGACGGAGAAGGAGCAGGAGAGCCACGGGACGUGUGGAAAGACUGCGGACUGUGCGGAGAAUGGCCAACCAUGCCUCACACAGUGGGUUGCCGGCACGUUUUCUGCUACUACUGCAUUAAAAGCCACAGCAUCGCAGACGCUUACCUCACAUGUCCUAAAUGUGGAGCGGAAGCAGGGACGCCCGAGAUGGUCAAGAUGGAGAUGCAGGUUUUGGACCGAUGAUGGUUCCGUCCUGCUGAGAGGGAACAGUCAGACACUUAGUCUGGUUAAAAGGGAUAGUUCUGGCGUGGUUUAGGGCUGGACAAUAAUUCAAUAAUGAUAUAUAUCGAUCGAUAGAUGUAUGGUUCAAUAUGAAAAACA